AUGGCAGCAAAUUCAACUCAUCACGCAAGAGUCAAGCAUGUUGAGAUCGACCAUCACUUUGUUCGGGAAAAGGUCCUUGAUGGUUAUACUUUAACACCACAUAUUCAAGACAAGUUAUUCAAGGAAAUCAAAGGGGUUGUCUCAGACGGGGAAGUAGAGAUUAAGGAUGAAGAUUUGAGGAAGAUGCCAUAUCUUAGAGCCAUUACCUUAGAAAGUUUAAGGCGUCAUCCUCCUAGCCAUUUUCUAAUCCCACAUACGGUAACGAAAGAUGUUGUUUUGGGUGGGUUUUUAGUUCCAAAGAACAGUAUUGUAAUUUUUAUAGUGGUGGAAAUGGGUCGAAAUCCGAAUGUAUGGGAAAAUCCAAUGGAGUUCAAGCCUGAGAGAUUCUUAAACAAUGGUGAUUUUGAUUUUAGUGGAACAAAAGAGAUUAAGAUGAUGCCAUUUGGGGUAGGGAAAAGGAUGUGUCCGGCAUAUCGUUUGGCAAUGCUUCACUUAAAGUAUUCUGUGGCAAACUUAGUCUGGCAUUUCAACUUUAAGUGUUUUGGAGAAGGUGUGGAUUUGACUGAAAAACAUGAAUUCACAGCCGUAAUGCAGAAUCCUUUGGAGGUCCAAAUCGCUCCUAGAUUGUAUGUCCACUGA